ACUGACGAAGACAUAGAAAGCUGGCAGCAGUAGAACGAACUGUAAUCGAAGACGACAAAGUAAAAUUUUGUGCUAAGUGUGUGCCUGGGGCACAAAUUAUCAUCAAUUUUCCUACAGUUUCCGGAACUUUUUAUUAAUAUUCCGGCACUAGUUUUCAACAGUGAAAUCCACUCUAGCAAUUGGUGUUAAAAACAACCAGAUUUGAUUUUGUAACGUAAUAUAACUACCUGUGAGCUCGCCGUUCCCUGUCGGACCAACGACACAUGUCACGCGAAGGAACGGGCCUAUCCCGCAGCGGAAGUGGCGGCACCAGCAGCAACAGUGGACCACGCGAUUACGGUGCAACCAGUAGUGGAAGUAGCGCGGCCAUGGCGUCGACCGACGCGAACAACUUUGGCGGAUUCAGUCCGACGGAGUUUAUCUCGCUGAGCGAAUCGAUUGCCGCCAAUACGAUUUUCGUGAAGCAGAGCUGGCAGUUUUUGGAGAAGGCCAACAGGACGGUUGGAACGGCGAAGGACAACCAGACGCUGCGGGAUAAAGUACAUGAUAUUCAAUCAGGAACCAAUCAGAGGAUAUCUACCACCAGCAAGGAUUUGCAGCGGUUGACUGUUGUGGUGAGGCGAGGCGACAAACAACAGAGGCUUCAGGUGGAGAAACUGACAUCGGAUUUUACCCAUGUAGUACAAAUGUAUUCCAAGAGCCAACAGGUUAUCGCUGCCAGAAUGAAGCAGGUUCUGCUGGUGAGUGCUUCCCAACAGGACGACAUAAACCGGGACUUGAUGGGAUUUGGCGAUGGGAGUCAACAGCAGCAGCAACAAGAACAGCAGCAACGUCAACUGCAGAUCCAGCGGGAUCUGCAGUUCGAACAGGAUAUGCUGCUGGAACGAGAACAACAAGUGCGUCAGAUCGAAGCAGAUGUGCUGGACGUUAAUCAGAUCAUGAAGGAGCUUAGUAGCAUUACCAAUCAGCAGAGUGAAGUAAUCGAUACCAUCGAAAACACCAUCGAGCACACCGUGGGAAACGUGGAGUCAGGUCACACUGAACUGGCCAAGGCGGCUGAGUAUCAGAACAGAUACCGCCGCAAAGUUAUGUACCUGUUGAUCAUCGCCAUCAUACUGGGAGUCAUUAUCACCGGAAUCAUCGUGUCCAGGCUGAAACACUAGACAACCACGGAGGCCCUGGCGGACUUUGGUUGCGUUCUUAGUUGUUAAGGAACAUAUUAUUUUUAUCGAAUGUUAUUCCUAUCAUUACUAGAUAGAUAGUUAUUAGUCUAACGGUUUUUCAAAUUGCGUUUUUCUACUUGUGUAUAGAGAAGAUAUUUCGAGCGGGCUUAUAGAAAUACAAAUAUCCGGAGCGGAGAAUACUGAAAAAAUCUGAUCUAAUAGAUAUAAAAAUAAAAUGUUCUGUUUAUUAUAAUUAAUAAAAAUAUUUAAUCUUCCGCAGUAAUAAAGCAUGGUAUCAAACCUAUUGAAGCACGAAGUUCAGGAUAACCAAAUACAGAAAAUCAGCAUAUACACAUCAUAGAAAAUAGCUUCAUAGCUUCAUCGGAUCCGUUUGCGCUUAUAAUGCCAAUUCAAAAAGACGAUUUCUACAAACACGUCAAUGUUCACAAUAGCAAAUAUACGUAUAAAAAUGAAGCGUUAAAUUCGUUUACCCCCAGUGGAUUGCAAAGAAAUACAGCCUCUGUAGUUUUUUUUUUUUUGUUGAAAUCAUUGUUUUGUAACGAAACAAUCAUACGACUUAUUGAGAAAUAUUAAAUAAAUAUUAAAACAUCAACUGCAA